AUGAACGACGAGUUGGCAGCAGCCAGAUCAGUCAGGCGAGCAGAGCAGAGGUCUCGCGUCUCCUCCCUCCUUGAGCUGCAGGUUACAUCAGAGAGAGAUGCCAGCGUGCGAGCUUGCCUGGAUUCCGCGCCGAGUCCCAGGCAGCCCGCCCGCCUUUUCCUCGGGAUCAAAGACAAGCUCUGUACUUGUCAUAUUUUGAAAACAAUUGCCCUUGGUCAGAUGCUUUCCUUGUUUAUCUGUGGGACUGCUGUUACAAGCCAGUAUUUAGCAGAACAAUACAAUGUGAACACUCCAAUGCUACAAAGUUUUAUCAACUAUUGUUUGCUUCUUCUAGUUUACACGAUAAUGUUGGCAUUUAGGAGAGGCAGUGACAGCCUUUUGCAAAUUCUGAAAGGGAAGUGGUGGAAGUAUAUUCUGUUGUCACUAGUGGAUGUCGAAGCUAACUACACAAUUGUAAAAGCUUACCAAUACACAACCCUAACAAGUGUUCAGCUGCUGGACUGCUUUGGGAUCCCUGUGUUGAUGGCUCUAUCAUGGUUCAUUCUGCGUGCAAGAUACAGACUCAUCCAUUUUAUAGCUGUUGCUGUCUGUCUGUUGGGUGUGGGAACCAUGGUUGGUGCAGACAUAUUAGCUGGGCGACAGAACAGUGAAGGAAGUGACGUGGUGGUUGGCGAUGUCUUAGUUCUGCUGGGUGCAUCUUUGUAUGCCAUUUCUAAUGUGAGUGAGGAAUACAUUGUGAAAAAUCUGAGCAGAGUGGAGUUUCUAGGAAUGGUGGGCUUGUUUGGGACUAUUAUCAGCGGUCUACAGCUAGCCAUUCUGGAACAUAAGGACAUUGCUCAUAUUCAGUGGAACUGGAAAAUUGUGUUACUAUUUAUGGCUUUUGCCCUCUGUAUGUUUGGGCUGUACAGCUUCAUGCCAGUAGUGAUUAAAGUUACUAGUGCUACUUCUGUCAACUUGGGCAUUCUAACAGCUGAUCUCUACAGUCUUUUCUUUGGACUGUUCCUGUUUGGCUAUAAGUUUUCAGGUCUCUACCUCCUGUCCUUUGGUAUCAUUAUGGUGGGCUUCAUUUUGUACUGUUCUACCGCAACCCGAACUGCAGAAGCCACGACCAGUUUGCCACAACCAACCAGCAAUGAAGAUUAG